CAAUGUUCACGAGGUUGAGAUACAUUAUCUGAAUUCAGUUAUUUCGUGCGGGCACUGUUGGCAGUAGAAAGGUGUGACUGCUUCAAGUUUAUUGCUAAGAAUCUUGUUACAGGAAGUGGAAUACGAUUCUCACCAGCUUUAGUCGAAUAUUCUUGCAAGACACUGAGCAACGAUCUUACCGUACGUAUUAAACGACUUAGGAAGGCUGGAUUUAGCUUUGUCUACACAACUAGACGUCAGAUUCCCAAGAACGGAAUUCCUACUGUGGAGUUGCACAAGCGGGGUCAGUCACAUCAAUGCUCUUUUAAAAACAGGUUUAAAAUCCGGACUUUUGGCAAAACAGAUUAACUUGUCGGAAAUGGCUUUAACCGGUAGCCAAACGAAACCGAUAUUGAAUGAACAGCCCAAUGUUCACUCUGUACAAUAAACCAACGUUCGCCUUAAAGAUAAAAGGAAAGAAGCCAUUUCACACCAUUGUGUAACAAGGUGCAAUUCCACCGUCACUCUAACCCAGGGGAAAUGUCCUACCAGUGAACCAAACGGAAGCAUAGCUAUCUCGGGAGCAGUCCUCAGCAUGGCAGAACCAAACUUUACAUGUAACCCGAACGACUCCUUCAAGUAUACAUUGUACAGCAGUGUGUACAGUUUGGUGUUUCUAAUUGGCCUCGUGUCAAAUUGUGUGGCUCUGUACGUCUUGAGGUGUUCCUUACAACUCCGAAACGAAACGAUAACCUACAUGACCAACCUGGCAGUGUCAGACCUGUUGUUUGUUUUCACGCUGCCCUUUCGGAUUUUUUAUUAUGUGACAAGAGACUGGCCUUUUGGGGAUUUGCUGUGCAAGGUUUCGGGAACGCUGUUUCUCACCAACAUGUAUGGGAGCAUCCUCUUCCUGACCUGCAUCAGCGUGGAUCGCUUCCUGGCUAUCGUUCACCCUUUUCGAUCAAGGAUGCUGAGGACGAAAAGAAACGCCAUCAUUGUGUGUGUGGCCGUGUGGGUGACAGUGCUCACGGGAAGCGUGCCUGCAACCUUUUUGCGAACCACCAACAAUACAGCCAACCAAACCAAGACCUGCUUCGAGAACUUCUCCAGCCAGGCUUGGAAACACUUUCUGUCGAAGAUUGUCAUAUUCAUUGAGAUCGUGGGCUUCUUUAUUCCUCUGCUGUUGAACAUCUUCUGUUUCUCAAUGGUGCUUAAGACUUUAAAACAACCCAUUACUCUUUCCCGAAGCAAGUUAAACAAGAAAAAAGUUCUCCGCAUGAUUGUGGUCCAUUUCCUCAUUUUCAUCACCUGCUUCGUACCCUACAAUGUAACUCUGGUGAUGUAUUCACUGGUAAGGACUGGAACAGUGGGAAACUGCUCUGUCGUGACCGUAGUUAAAGCAAUGUACCCCAUUACGCUAUGCUUUGCCGUAUCCAACUGUUGUUUUGACCCAAUUGUGUAUUACUUCACUUCAGAAACUUUUAAGAAUUCCAUCAAACGAAAGUCCAAGUCACUCCGGCUGGACUCGGACUUUGAGACUUCGCCCUCUGCCAGCUUCCUCAGUAGUACCGUAAGAACACUCAAAUCCAAAAUGCUCAAUUCAGAGUCGACUGUUUAAGAUCUCUGUGGCGGGUUUUUGUCACCAAAUAAAUUCUGAACCAAUUAUAAAUGUCGAUAUCUGGUAGAAUCUCACAAUCCAUACAGUGUGGACACAGGCCUUUCGGCUAAUGAGUCCACACCCAGACCCAUUCCCCAGCCCUGUUACUCUACAUUUACCUCUGACUAAUGCAUCUAACCUACCCACCCUUGAACACUAUGGGGUAAUUUAGCAUGGCCAAUUUCACCUAUCCUGCACAUCUUUGUGAUUGUGGGAGGAAUCCCACGCAGACAGUCGCCCGAGGCUGAGUUCAGGCGCUGUGAGGCAGCAGUGCUAACCACAAAGCCGCUGUCGUGUUAAGCAUGUAGUUUUAUAAUAAUAAAAUACAACAUUAAUUAUUGCCAAUGGGCUGUAGAAAAUGGUUCUAUCGCCCUGUUUCCAAAUGGGAGUAUAGUACUGUUAUAUAACUGAAAGGCAACGUUCUUUUUAACAAACCAGGGAUAUUGCACAUGACGACUGGGGGAGGGGCCGGGGAAAACAAAAGGAACAGAUCGUUUUCAUACAUAAUCACUACUCACUUCAACGCAUUCUUUAAUUUUUAUACUCAAGUUUCAUAUAAUGAAGUAGGUAAUUAACAAACAUUGGUUAUAUCAAUGUAGCGAGAUUGUCAGUGGUACAAAAGGAACCUAUAACCACUAGGCAUUGUUUUUACUAUGCAGGACAUUGAAAUGUAUAUUAAUAUGUUCUAAAUAAUUUUUAUAUUUUUAAACAUUUGUAUUUGUUUAAAAUAAAUCUAACAUUUGGCCAUUUUA